AUGGGAAAUACAGACAGCAUCCAAAAGCAAGGACAAUGUAUUCCUCAUCAACCACAACUAGGUGAAGCAAGUGAAUUUUAUUGGGCCUGUCGAAACGGUGAUCUCACACGUGUUAGGGAACUUAUUGCCACUAUUCAUUACGAGGAUCUAAACCAACUUGAACCAAAUGGAAGUACAGCACUUCAUGCAGCGUCAUAUGGUGGUCAUGUUGAAAUUGUUCGUCUUCUUUUAAACAAACUUGGUUGUCGGCGAGAUCGUCGCAAUCGAUAUGGACUGACUGCUUAUGAAGAAGCAUUUUCGGAGGAAGUUCGUAGACUCUUUCAUCGGCCUGAUGGUAGAAAUCGAUUUUGUCCCGAGAAUGAUGAUGAUCAUGAAGAUUCUGGGAAAAUUUUUGGAGUCCUCAAAAAAGAAGAUACAGAAAAACAUGAUUAUAUUGAUAAUGAAUACAAACCUGAAAACUUACUUCGGUUGUAUACUCUUGAAACGCCAUUGUAUCGCGCACUAGCUGACGAUGUAUACCCACUAUGGCAACCAUUGUGUGCAUCAUUACAUAAAUUAAAACCACGCUAUUUUCGAGGUAAAUCCUAUCGUGGCAUGAAGCUAACAGACCAUAAUUUACGUGCAUAUCGAUGGGCACUGAAUAACAAAGGUGCCAUUGAAACAUUAACAUUCUGCUCGACUUCAGUUCAUCGUUAUGUAGCUGAAGGAUUUGCUGGAACAAACCCGUCAAAUGAUGGAAAACGCAGUGCUUUGAUGAUAUUUAAUUUUCCUGAAACAUGUGAUACUGCAAUUAAUUUAGGAAAAAUUUCUAAUGAACUUCCAUGUGUUUCCGAAUAUGAAAAUGAAGCAGAAGUAUUAUUGCUUCCAGCGACAAUGUUUAUGGUUACAGAAAUUGAUGAAACUACGCAAUAUAUAAUCAUUCAUCUUGAAAAUAUUGCCGAAGAACGACUAUCUUGGUUAUCAAUUUUGUUUUGAAACUCACAUACGGUAAUAUGUAGAGGAGCUAACGUUUCUUUAUUAUAAGACUAAUUGUCAUAAAAACAAUUCUUUUCUAUCUUCAAAUGUUGGGUGAGUGUGAAAGGUAAUUGAAAACUCAUAGUUAGGGAUGAGACUAUGCCUAUAAUCAAAUAUCAGUCCUGAAAUGGCAAGACAAGGGGACCCGGCAGAUGAGCCACAUUUAAAAAUUCAUCAGUUAAUGGUGCAGCACAAGAUACCAAGAUUCAAUUACUUAAGGAUACCCCUCUUGAGGGCGUGGAUGUGCCACC